ACCGCAUGGCUAAAAAUGGCGGCACCGCUACACCUUAGCUUUAUCAACAACAGUUGAAUAUUGAGAUAAGAAAGGAAUAGAGAGAAAGAGUUGAAAUUCUUACAAUAGAUUUUUGUUUUCAAGUGCAAGAUACAGUGUGGCGUGAGUUCUAAGGGUUGUUUCUUUCUUUGUUUUUUUGUUUGAUGGGAAAGUUAAGUUGGAGGUAUUGUUUUUUUAUGUUAUUAUGGGAAUGAGAAGUGGGGUUUCUUUUGUGUGUUCAAAGGAAGGAACUACAGCUAAAGAGUGCGAUGUUGGGUUGGGUUUAAGGAUGCAAGACAAGGAAUCUUGUGGUGUGAUAUCAUCGCCGUCAUCAUCAUCAUCAUCGUCUACUUCUUGUUGCUGUAGUGGUGGUGGUUUUGAUGGAGGUGGGCCAAUGUUUUAUGGUAGAAGCAACGGUGUUGCGUGUUUUGGCGAUAUAUACGAUGUGGUGGUCGGUGGUAGUUCUAGUGGUGGUAGCAAUGCGGUGACGGGGUCAAAGACGUCUCUGCACUCUUUCAAUUCUUCUCCUUUUGCCUUCAAUUCCUCAGGAGAAAUGAAUCCGUCGUCUAUGAAUGUGGCUGUCCCUUUCACAGCAGCUCAGUGGCAAGAACUGGAGAGGCAGACUAUGAUUUACAAGUACAUGAUGGCCUCUGUUCCUAUCCCUCCAGAGUUACUUAUUCCCAUCACUAAAACUCAAUCAAACCCUCCUUCCUCACAAUCCCACGCUUUAAAAGGUUCAUUAGAGUUGGGGAUUUCGGGCUGCAACUCGGAUCCAGAGCCAUGGAGAUGCAAAAGAACAGAUGGGAAGAAAUGGAGGUGCUCAAGGGAUGUGGCACCUGACCAGAAGUACUGUGAAAGGCACUCUCACAAGAGCCGUCCCCGUUCAAGAAAGCCUGUGGAAUUACACACCGACUCCAUGGCUCAAUUGCUUAAUCAAAAAUCUCACUUCCCUAAUCAAACAAACUCCCAUAAUUUAUCUAUCUUCCGUAGUCCAACGGUCUCAGCUGCCGCCUCAUAUGAUCAGUCCAGGAACUUGGAAUGGUUCUUGAAAGGCGAGACAGUUCCUGUUGCUAGCAACUCCAACCAAGAAUGGCGUUAUCUGAAGGAUGGCGAAAGGGUAUAUAAUUAUAGACAAGGACAGCUUGACUCAAACUCAUAUUUGAAUAUGAAUUUAAGAGGUGGCCACCCAUUGCAAGCCCAUCGCCUAAAUGAAAAUUGCAGCUUGUUAUUAAGCCCCAAAUCGACAAGCUUGGAAGCAAAUGUAAAUCCCAGCAGCCAAGAGACAAGGCACUUCUUCGAUGCUUGGUCAUCAGCAGUGAGAGAAAGCAGUAAUAAUGGUGGAAUUGGCAAUGAAUGUUGUGUUUCUUCGGGUGAGAAGCUACUGCCACUCUCAUCUCUUACUUUGUCAAUGGCUGGUGGCGUUCAAACGAAUCAAGACAAUGGAAAUGAGCAAGCAGCCAGUUUUGGAAUGAUGGGACAGGAGAAGAUGAGCCAUGGUUCAUGGAUGUGUUCACCACCUGGUGGACCAUUAGCGGAAGCCUUGUGCCUUGGCAUUUCAAUCGGUGCAAAAGCUGAUUCAAAUUUGGCAUCUUCUCAUGGCAGCAGCUAUGGCAUUAACAACAAAAACUAAUUACUUAAUUUAACGCUUUUUCAUUAAUUGUCUGCUUAGCUCCUUUCUGUUUUAUUUGCUUAGUGAAACUAAUAUUGCUCAAUUUGAUUAAAAUGACUUAGAGCUGAGCCAGGACAUGGUUCUUAGUUGGGCAAUCUAUAGCACCGCUCCCACUUGGUGUUCUUCUUCACUAUUUGUAUUGUGGAUUACGUUUAUGGGAAACGGGGAAUAGGUAAAUUUAGAGGGAAUGUAAUCUUAAGCACAAUGCCUGGCCUGUUUCCCGCUUCUAAUGUUCAGGUUAUUUUUGUUUGUUGUGCUAUUAAAAGACAAGGAUCCAAGGAAAUUAGUGAAAAUUUUAACAGGAAA